AUGAGUUUACCUGAAGCCGAUGGAAUCCGGGCAAGGACCAAUAGCAACGGCGGUGGCAACGGCGGUGGUCGUUUGGACCAUGAGAUAAUACCAAAGGUAUAUGGCGAAGAUGGGUGUGAGAUACCGAUAGCUUUCAACGAUCACAGCCUCGGAGAAGAAUGGUCCAGUGCGAACAAUUUGAGCCGAAAGAAUCCGACCUACACUGGUUCAUGUUCUACUUUACUGGCGCCAUCACUCGACUUGAGCAGCCCUGGCCUUGAGCUACCUGCAAACCCAGUUGUGCUACCGCAGGGCACGUGGGAUCCACUCCUUUUUCCGAACCAAUUGGAGCAGAUGAACUUGGGGACUCCGACCUCUGAAGAUUUCUUGAGGCAUCAAUUCGACUUUCUCAAUACCAAUGGCCAACCUGAGCUCUUGAGCUAUGAGUAUAACCAGCCAGUAAUGGUUUCAAGCCCUACCUACCAGCUCUCAGAAACAGAUUCGCUUCUUCCUUUCGAAAACCACUCGCACAGCAGCUCGACCUAUCAUCAAGCGCCGGUAGCAAAUUCGAAUUUCUUCGCCAAAGCGAUGGAAAGUCGAGAUAUUUCACCAUUCAUGCCCUUCAGCCAAGAUACCGCUUCUAGUUUGAUUAGUUGUCCUUCUGGGCCACAGCCUCUCCCAAUACUUUCGUCUCCCCUGGGCCUUGAUUAUUAUAAUUUAGAGACUAGCCGAGCUGCCCCGUUGAUAGGUUUGAAACGAUCACUACCCAUACUGAAUCGAGGAGAAAUAAACCAUAACGCGCACGAGAUCAAAGAAAGCUUGCUUGGAUUCGACGCACGUGGCGGCCCGAGUUUAAUGUCUGAUUUUAACGGCUUGCCCGAUUCAACCACCUCGAAUUAUCAUACCGAAAGGUUCCCUGAAGCUGGCGAGAGCUCUUCCCAGCUUUCAUGGGAUAUGAGGACGCGGUCCUCCCCAUCCCGUUCCCCAUCUUACGAUCAAUCUUCGAGUGAGCCUGCGAAAUACCUCGACAUGAACACUUCUGCUCACCUCGGCUCCUCAGGUCUCAUCUCGUCCCUGCGUACAUCAGGGGGUUCUCCCUCCAAAAUCGUGGCUCAUGGCGGCACUCGAGAACCUGAUAAAAGUACGAGUUCUGGAAAAAAGCAAAACUCGCCACAGAUGACUGGAAAUCGAGAAUACCAAGCGAAUCAAAAACGAGUAGGAAGUCUGAUUGAUAUACAUCAUCUAACGAACCAUGUGCCGAGAAGAAGGUUAACUGUCGAGCAGGAACAGAUACUCUUGAGGCGUUUCGCAGUUCAAGAGUAUCUUAGUAAACGUGAGAUGGAAGAACUCGCGGAGAAGUUAAAAAUACCAACAAGUCAAUUGAGGACAUGGUUUGGGAAUAGAAGAUCGAAGCUUAAAGCUGCUGCUAGACAGAAGGCAAAGAUGGAGGCGGGAAUGGGGCACUUGACUGACGCCGAACUCAGAAGCCUCAACAAGAGAAGCUAA